AUGACGAUCUUUAACUGGGUGCAGAAAAAGCUGCACCAAAAUGUCAUCAAAGAAAUAGAUGGUGUGGCAAAAAGCGAGAAGGAGAAGAAGAGUGAAGGAAAAAGUGAGAUAGAGAAGAACACGAAAGCUAUAUUUGAUCAGGUUGGGUUAGUGGGUGCUCUUGAUAACUGGUUCGAUGGAGUUCUCACCAUCGGCACAUUCGGUUUUGACACAUUGAAAUUUCAAGAAGAAGAAGACGAAAUAGAUGAUGAUGAUGAAUGUGAGACUGAGGGUCUCGACUAUGUCGUAAUCGAUGGUAGUAUCGUCAAAAACGUUAACCAAGAGUCACAUCCUCUUAUCUCCAGUGAAAAUAAGUUUUAUGAUCAUCAUGAGGAUUUAGUGGUAUUGGACAUUGAUCACUUUGACUCGGUCAAAACCGUUGAAAGGCCGGUGGUCGUGGCCGCGGUGGAGGCCGAGGUUGAGCCGGAGAAGAAGAGGAUAACACUAGCCGAGCUUUUCAUCGAAGAAGAUGGUACGUGUCCCGGCAAGAAGAAACCAAAGAACCCUAAUCUUAAUGUUGAUGGUCAGGAGGUAAAAUAUUAUAAACAAGACGGGUCAAAGCUAACUAGUAAGCUCUCGUUUGCUAAGAAGAAGAUGAUCAAUUCAAAGUCUAAAGAUAAAGAAGAAGACUCGCGUCCAGUAAAAAAAGUGCAUGACUCGCGUCCAAUCAAGAAAGUGCAUCAGAUGAUAAAGAGGAUGUUAAAGAAGAAGAUCCAUCCAGAUAUCGAUGCGACUAAGGCUUCUAAAAAUGACGUUCCAUACAAGCCAACCCGGAAAUGUGAAGCUCUCGAGUCACUUUAUCUUCUUAACAUUCAAGAUUGCGUGGCCUAG